AAACUGGUUUUGGCAUUCACGUUUCACUAGCACUGUGCCCUUGAAGAGCUGAUGUGGCUGUAGAAACUCUCUCGCUUACAACUGUUGUGUUUGAAAACAUUUUUUGUUUGGCUUUCUUGUAGUUGUUUUCUUAUAGCUCCUUUUCUUUUUCUUUUUUUUCUUUUUUUUUUUUUUUUUUUUUUUUUUUGAGAAGAUGGCCUUUCUAAUGAAAAGUAUGUUGAGCAACCAGGUAAAGAAUUUGGGACUUGGAGGUGGAGGGGAAGAAAGCAAAGAAGAAAGCACUCCUUCUGAUCCAGCAGCAGCUGCAGGAAUGACCAGAGAGGAGUAUGAGGAAUAUCAAAAGCAAAUGGUUGAGGAGAAGAUGGAAAGAGAUGCAGCAUUUGCACAGAAAAAAGCAGAGCGAGCCGUUCUGAGGGUUCACCUGAGAGAAAAGUACAGACUGCCCAAGAGUGAAUUGGAUGAGAAUCAAAUACAGAUGGCUGGAGAUGAUGUGGGGUUGCCAGAAGACCUUCAGAAGAUGGUGGCAGAAGAUCAGGAGGAGGAAGAGGACAAGGACUCUAUCCUGGGCCAGCUGCAGAACAUCCAGAAUAUGGACAUGGAUGCCAUCAAAGAAAAGGCACAAGCCACCUUCACUGAGAUGAAACAGGCGGCUGAGCAGAAAUGCUCCAUGAUGUAGAAGAGCCACCACUGCCCAGGGGCUAUAACUUCAGUCUUGUGUUGCUGGGGCUGCAGAGGGAGAGCAGGCAGAGGGAUGCACGUAGCUCUAGACCAUUCAGUGUAAAUAUAGAAAACUGAUGAGAGAGAGACUUAAAAUCCUGAGGGGAGAGUGAAAAUGUACCUGCUGGGACUGCCUAGAAGGAAGUUAGGACUGAUCCUCAGUUUUGAACAUAACCUUUUCUCCCAUGGAAAAAAUGUCUUUAAAGAAGUUAAUAUUGGGGAAAAAAUGUGCCUUUUCCCAUUUUUUCCAAGAGAUUGAAAUGCUAUUAAAUAUGUGUGUUUGAACAAAAUUGUGCUUCUGAUACAUCACAUGGAGGUAACCGCAUAUUUAAUCCUGCUUUCAGAAAUAAACACAUGUAUUUCUUAUAAAAA